AUGCCAUGUAUGAGCAACAGCGGAGCAGAUCCGGAUGAUGGAACCCCAAAGGAUAUGGUGAUCGUGAAACAGACACACCACAGCUUUCGAGCAGCCAGCAUUGCCUCCGGAACGGAAAGGUGGAACUAUAGCGUGCGGUCCGAUGAGUUGACUCUCGUGCGCAAUUGCGGCGAUCUAAGUCAUACAUUUCUCUUCGGUUCUUCAAACUGGCCACCGACAAACUCUGCAUUUAAAGAAACAGCCAAGGAUAAAGUUUUGGGGAGUCCUUUCAAGUUUGACCUGGAAGCGGGCAUUGUCUACGCAUAUGCCAACUCAGCCGACAACGAAGAGCUCUGGCACACCAAACUCGGGGCUUCCAUCGUCAAGGCUUGGCUUUACCGUGGAGACAGUAUCGAGCUUAUUCCGCUUUGCGUCUUCUCGCGUAUGUCUAACGCUUUAAUCACAAUUAGUCUUUUCCUUAAAAAAAAUAGACGCCUGCCAUGUAUUCCGCUACGCAUUUGUUGUCUUUAUUGGCCGUGCCGGUAA